AUGGGCAGCACUCAGGCUUGGCAGCAGAUCGUCUCACAGAAACGGACUAUUAGGGAUCAACUCCUGGCACCAUAUCUAGUAGAUGAUAUAGAUCAUCGUCGACCGCGGGUCCAGAAUGUCGCAGACCGCAGUCAAUUGGCAAAAGAUUCGCUGGUCCAGACCAUCACCGACAUUGAUAACAUCGCGGUCUUGCUGGAACAUCUUGAGAAGGGAGAGUUUCAAGCUGAACAGGUGGUCAAAAGCUAUAUCAAACGAGCCGUAGUGGCCCAUCAACUGACAAACAGUCUCACCGAGAUUCUCUUCGAAGACGCCAUAGAACAAGCAAAGGCCCUAGAUGCCGAAUUCAAAGAAACUGGCAAGCUCAGAGGUCCACUGCAUGGAAUCCCAGUUACAGUGAAAGACCAAUUCAACGUCAAAGGCGUCGAUACAACAUUGGGAUAUGUAGGCCGAUCCUUUGCUCCGGCCAAAGAGAACGCCGUACUGGUUCAAAUCCUGGAAAGAUUGGGUGCCAUUAUCAUCGCCAAGACGAAUCUCCCACAAAGCAUCAUGUGGGCUGAAACAGAGAACCCUCUCUGGGGACUCACAACCAAUCCUCGAGAUCCAAAGUUCUCUCCGGGCGGCUCGACGGGAGGCGAAGGUGCCCUGCUCGCAUUGCACGGUUCCCUCAUCGGUUAUGGAACUGACAUUGGUGGGAGUGUGAGAAUACCACAGAGUACAGUGGGCCUGUAUGGGUUCAAACCUAGCAGCGCACGACUCCCAUACCAAGGUGUUCCCGUCUCAACAGAAGGCCAAGAACACGUCCCAUCUUCAAUUGGACCAAUGGCGCGAGAUCUCUCGUCAAUCUGCUACAUGAGUCGUUUGUUGGCGGAGAGCCAGCCGUGGGAAUUAGACCCCCGCUGUGCUCCUCUGCCAUGGAGCCAGGGCACAUUCCAGGAAAUGCAAAGCAGACCUCUGGUUAUCGGCUUGAUUUUUGAUGACGGCGUUGUGAAAGUUCAUCCGCCCAUUGCACGCGCCUUGCGUGAAAUAUCGGCCGUUCUAAAAGCGAACGGACACGAGAUUGUCCUCUGGGAUACGACUGACCAUGCAUCUUGCAUUGCAUUGAUGGACCAGUACUAUACUGUCGAUGGGUGCGAGGAUAUUCGUCGGGACGUGGCUGCUGCAGGUGAACCAUUCAUUCCACAUGUCGACGCGCUCGUCAAUCGCGGCAAGGCAAUCUCAGUGUAUGAGUAUUGGCAGCUGAACAAGCAGAAGGCUGCGGCGCAGAAGAAUUAUCUGGAUAAGUGGAAUGCUGUCCGGUCUUCCUCUGGGAAGCCUGUUGACAUUCUGCUCAGUCCUACUUUGCCGCAUACGACUGUACCGCACCGGAAGUUCCGUUGGGUGGGUUAUACUAAGAUUUGGAAUUUGCUUGAUUAUCCUGCUUUGACGUUCCCUGUGGACAAGGUUAGGGUCGAGCAGGAUGUAACGCCUGAGUAUAAGCCGAGGAACCAGCUCGAUGAGUGGAAUUGGUCUUUAUAUGAUGGGAAGCAGGUGGAUGGGUAUCCGGUCAAUCUGCAGAUCAUUGGAAAGAAACUUCAAGAGGAGAAGGUACUGGGGGCUGCUACGGUUGUUGAGAAGCUUUGGAAGAGCCAUGUUGAGAGCAAGUGA